AUGGGAUACACAUUAAAAGAUAAACCAAAACAUAAAAUAAGAGUAGCUGAAAUAAAAAAUAAUAAAUUCACUGGAAAUAUAAAUGAAGAAGUCUUGAAAAAUGGAAUAACUGGUAAUGAAGUUAUAGAAGAAGAAAAAAAACUUGAUAAAUCAUUAGCUGGAGCAUAUCUACUACCUUAUGUUUUCAACCUUAUAGAUUUUGAUCCAGAAAAAUUAAAAAACGAUGAUAGUAGUUAUAAUUCCAACUAUUUCGCUAAAGUAAAAGAUAGUAAUAAAGGUAAAAUACCUGAUGUAGAUGGUCCUGGAAUCUUGCCUAUCUUAACUGGUGGUAGUAAAACAACUAAAUUAGUAAGAUGUUUGUUAACAUGUAUAUUUCCUGGAAAACAUAUUAUCUUAAUCACACCCAAUGAAGAAUUAGCCGUGGAUGCUGAAAAUCAUCACAAUACUUGGUUACAAUAUGCUAGUGGUAUUCCUUAUAAAUGCGUUAUUCACAGAAAAGAAGGAGAAUUACCUUACACAAUAAAUAGAAACAAAGAAGACAAAAAAGAAUCAAGUAGUGAAGAUAGAAAAUCGACAUUAUCUAUAUUACAAUUACAUCAUCUAGUUAGAUACAUAGCAUGUGGUAAGGUAAAAAUUAAAGAAUUAAAAGACACUAAAAAAAUUUAUGAUAACUUUGAUAAAGUAUUAAUCGAUAUCAAAGAAAAAUUGAUCGAUAAAGAAAAUACCAUAAUCAUCUUUGACGAAGCUCAUUUUCCAAAUACAAGUUAUCAAGUUGUGCAACCAUUAAUCAUUAGAAUGGGUUAUAAUGUUUUACUGAUGAGCGCAACAUUUCCCAAAAAAAACUUUUCUAUAUCAACUUCUAAACCUAGAGAUGUUUAUUCAUUAACUAAAUUUGAUAAUCAAACUGAUUGGGAAAAUGAAAAAACACAAAUAUUCUUCAGAACAACUGCAAAUGUAUAUCCUAGAAAAAUAACUGGUGAAGAAGAUAAAAAUGCUGAACCAUUACUAAAAUCAGGAUUGACACCUAAACAAUUUGAAAUGUUGGAAAAAAGUGAUAUACCAUUUGUAAUAUUCGAUAGCUCAAAUUCUUCCGCAGUAACUGGUAUCACUGAAGGAAUGCCAUCUGGUUCUCUUUUCAUAGCAAAUGUAAACCAUGAAAUGGGUUUCAGUCCCGCUAUCGAUAAUGUAAUAUUAACUGGUCAAACACAAUUACAAAAAUUAGGAAAAGGAUCUGGUGCAGGUAGAUGGAUUUAUGAUGAACCUAAAAUUCAAUUCUUAUCAGUUGCUAGCAUAAUUCAACAAAUUGGUCAUGUUGGUCGUCUAACACCUGGAAAAGCUUUCUUAACAACACAAAAAUUAAAAGAAUUAACACCUCCUAAAGAUAUAGUAUAUCAUAUAAUAAGUGGAAUAAUGCUUCCUAAAAGUGAAAAACCAAUGAAAGAACUUAAUACACAAGGUUAUCCAUUCACAGCAUCAACUACAGAUCAUGAAUAUCAAAAUUUAUUAUGGGCAUCCAUAGCACUUCCUUACAAGAAAAAUCGUCCUAUGGAAGCUGUAAUGAUUGGCAUGAUAGCAAACCCUAAAGUAACUGUUAGCAAAAGAGAAUUUUGUCCAACAUAUGAAAACAAACCUAAUCCAAAU